GCGAAGGGGUGGGGGGACCGGCUUGGUGGGCUUAGCCAUGCGCCCUUGCCCGCCGCCCUAUUCCUCGCCCAUGGGCGCCGGGCACCUGUGGGAAGGGCGGGGAAUCACGACUUCUUCCCCGCCGCGCCCUCUCCGCUCUCUCCCCGCCUCCUUCUCGGGCGUCCCGAGGCUAACCCCCAACUCGACGGCCGCGACCCCGUAGGCCCCGCCGACCCGGAGCCCAGUCACAACCCCCUCCCCCGCCGCCCCGGACAUUGGAAGCGCUCGCAGGUCUUCAAUAGCGAAAGUUAGGCGGGAGCCGCCCCCGAGCCAGGCCACGGCCCCUCGGGCUUCCCGGAAGCUCGGAGCGCGGGUGGCACCAACGUGCCCGGAGCCACCGCCGCGCCCCCUGGCAUCACCACCCCGUGGUGAGAGUAUCGGAGGCUACGCAGGCCCCUGAGUGCCAGUGGUGGUGUUGUCCCUUGUCACCUGGAACCCCAUGCAGCCGGAACCCAGGCCUAGCGGGGCCGGGGCCCAUACCCAAUUCCUGCCCCUGAGAUCACAGCGCCCCGAGGGGGCAGGGGACGCGGUGAUGUACGCCUCCACCGAGUGCAAGGCCGAGGUGACGCCCUCCCAGCAUGGCAACCGCACCUUCAGCUACACCCUGGAGGACCACACGAAGCAGGCCUUUGGCAUCAUGAACGAACUGCGGCUCAGCCAGCAGCUAUGCGACGUGACGCUGCAGGUCAAGUACCAGGACGCGCCUGCCGCCCAGUUCAUGGCCCACAAGGUGGUGCUGGCCUCGUCCAGCCCCGUCUUCAAGGCCAUGUUCACCAACGGGCUGCGGGAGCAGGGCAUGGAGGUGGUGUCCAUUGAGGGCAUCCACCCAAAGGUCAUGGAGCGGCUCAUUGAGUUCGCCUACACUGCAUCCAUUUCCAUGGGGGAGAAGUGUGUGCUCCAUGUCAUGAACGGCGCUGUCAUGUACCAGAUCGACAGCGUGGUCCGCGCCUGCAGCGACUUCCUGGUGCAGCAGCUGGAUCCCAGCAACGCCAUUGGCAUCGCCAACUUUGCCGAGCAGAUCGGCUGUACGGAGCUGCACCAGCGUGCCCGGGAAUACAUCUACAUGCACUUUGGGGAGGUGGCCAAGCAAGAGGAGUUCUUCAACCUGUCCCACUGCCAGCUGGCGACCCUCAUCAGCCGGGAUGACCUGAAUGUGCGUUGCGAGUCCGAGGUCUUCCACGCCUGCAUCAACUGGGUCAAGUAUGACUGCGAGCAGCGGCGCUUCUACGUGCAGGCGCUGCUGCGGGCUGUGCGCUGCCACUCGCUCACGCCCCACUUCCUGCAGAUGCAGCUGCAGAAGUGUGAGAUCCUGCAGUCGGACUCCCGCUGCAAGGACUACCUGGUGAAGAUCUUCCAGGAGCUCACCCUGCACAAGCCCACGCAGGUGAUGCCCUGCCGGGCACCCAAGGUGGGCCGCCUCAUCUACACGGCCGGUGGCUACUUCCGCCAGUCGCUCAGCUACCUGGAGGCCUACAACCCCAGCGAUGGCACCUGGCUCCGGCUGGCGGACCUGCAGGUGCCCCGGAGCGGCCUGGCAGGCUGUGUGGUGGGUGGGCUGCUGUACGCCGUGGGCGGCCGCAACAACUCGCCUGAUGGUAACACCGACUCCAGCGCCCUGGACUGCUACAACCCCAUGACCAACCAGUGGUCGCCCUGCGCCUCCAUGAGCGUACCCCGCAACCGAAUUGGGGUGGGCGUCAUUGACGGGCAUAUCUAUGCCGUUGGCGGCUCCCAUGGCUGUAUCCACCACAACAGUGUGGAGAGGUAUGAGCCGGAGGGGGACGAGUGGCACUUGGUGGCCCCGAUGCUGACACGAAGGAUCGGGGUGGGAGUGGCUGUCCUCAACCGUCUGCUCUACGCGGUUGGGGGCUUCGACGGGACAAACCGCCUCAACUCAGCCGAGUGUUACUACCCAGAGAGAAACGAGUGGCGGAUGAUCACACCCAUGAACACCAUCCGAAGCGGAGCAGGAGUCUGCGUCCUGCACAACUGUAUCUAUGCUGCGGGGGGCUACGAUGGUCAGGACCAGCUCAACAGCGUAGAGCGCUAUGACGUGGAGACAGAAACGUGGACGUUCGUAGCCCCCAUGAAGCAUCGGCGAAGCGCCCUGGGAAUUACCGUUCACCAGGGAAGGAUCUACGUUCUUGGGGGCUACGACGGUCACACAUUCUUGGACAGCGUGGAGUGCUAUGACCCAGACACGGACACCUGGAGCGAGGUGACCCGAAUGACCUCUGGCCGGAGUGGGGUGGGCGUGGCUGUCACCAUGGAACCCUGCCGGAAGCAGAUUGACCAGCAGAACUGUACCUGUUGAGCCGCUUCUGUUUCCUGAGCGGAAAAAAAAAAAAAAGGUCCGAUCCAGAGUAUUGUUGUUUCUGUACAAAAAAAAAAGCCAGGGACAAAUGAAGAGGCUCCACAGCGCAAUUUGUGGCCUCCAGAAUGGGAGGCUGGGACACCACGGUGUUCCAAUCACGACGUGAAAGAAAAGAAGGCUAGAGUGGGAACUCGUGAGCCUGCCAGAGCAGUCCCAGGAAUGUCCAACGAGAGCCUGCCCAGGAGGUGGGCGCGGGAAGGACGGGCUCCCCAGAGAGAGGCCCCCCAUACCCGCUACCCCAAGACUAGGCCUGGCUCCCCCACCAGCAGCCGCCACCUCCCUGUGGGAUGAAAGCAGGUGCCGGGGACAGGCUGGUUUUCAUCCCCUGCGUCUUUGUGAUUAUUUCCUAGAGGCCUGGGAAGAAGCCCACUGAGGCCUUGGGGGAAGAGGCCCCUCCAGAGGUGUGGACCCCAGGGAUGGGCCUGUACAUAGAAACCACUGGAUCUUGCUGCCCGGACAGUCAUUUUGUUGAUAAAUAGCCCUGUAACUUUCAGAUGAAAAUAAAGAACAAACUAACUAGUGUCUUCCAA